CAUAAGGAUACCAUGGAUCUAAAGCACAACCAACCCAAACGAAGGCUGAAUCUCAAAAUGAUAUUGUAAAUCAAAUAUUGAAACAAAUAGCCGUCAAGACAAAAACAUACGAUUACGUUCAAGAAACCAAGGAAGCCAAUCAAAUCAAAUUCAUCGACACCAGGUCCUGAUCUGUGAUCGUUCGAUUGUUCGCACGAAGCUAACGAUGGGUGCCAAAGAUGCGGGUACCCGCAAUAAAAUGCAGCAACAAAAUCAAGAUAUUUUUGCACCCAACAGUAGCGAAAGAGGUGUGAGUCCGCUAACCAUCUCAACAUCCAUGGAUAUGGAUGGCCCCCACUUGAACCCUUCUUAUUUUGGACUUUCUCCUUCCGGAACUACAGAUGGAACCACUGCCUCAAACUUAAACAGCGACUCAAUCAAUAGUGCCACGAAUUCGGUGGCGUCAAGCCUUGAUGAUCCGGCAGCAAACGGAUCGACGGUUUCUCGGCAGGAAUCCCGACUGCAUGCUGUCGAUGCGACUCCUCCUUUAAUCAACCAUGGAAUGGAGCCCAUAAUCAGUAUAACGCAACGGUUGCUAGGCUUGCGGGGUUCGCCACCAGGAACAAUGGGACGAUUGACGGAAAGAGAAAUAAAGCUCCUUUGUUUGCGGGCUCGUCCAAUCUUUCUGAGCCAGUCUAUGCUCCUGGAAUUGGAAGCCCCCAUCAAAAUCUGCGGAGAUGUCCAUGGACAAUAUAGCGAUUUGCUGCGGCUCUUUGAGUACGGAGGCUUUCCUCCUGUUUCCAACUACCUGUUCUGCGGAGAUUAUGUCGACAGGGGAAAGCAGUCGAUCGAAACCAUAUCCCUCAUGCUUGCUUAUAAAAUACAAUACCCCGAAAAUUUCUUUUUGUUACGAGGAAACCACGAGUCUGCGGGAAUCAAUCGGAUCUAUGGUUUUUACGACGAAUGCAAGCGACGUUACAGCAUCAAGUUGUGGAAAAUUUUCAGCGACGUGUUCAACUGCUUGCCGGUGGCAGCCCUAGUGGACGAAAAAAUAUUGUGCAUGCACGGUGGACUUAGUCCGGACUUGCAGGACCUCCAGCAAAUCGCCGAUCUUCAGCGACCGUGCGACGUUCCCGACAUGGGGAUCUUGUGCGACUUGCUGUGGAGCGAUCCGUCCCCUAACAUACAAGUAAGUGCAGAGUUGUGUAUUUCGAAAGAUGAUAGCUUUUUGUUCGUGAUAAUUCACCCGUAGUUUUGUGGAACAGUGGUAGAAUUCUGGUGUGUAUUGAAAAUGCGCGUCAUAUUUUGUUUGGCUGAUUUGACAUUACAGCUCAUAUAAAACUACAAAUCAAUUUCUACAUCUUCCCUGCCAGGGAUGGGCCGAAAAUGAUCGAGGGGUAUCCUAUAUUUUUGGUUCCGAUGUAGUAGAGAACUUUUUAGAGCGACAGGAUUUGGACCUAAUCGUUCGUGCCCAUCAAGUGGUCGAAGAUGGAUACGAGUUUUUUGCGGGCCGGAGACUCGUCACAUUGUUUUCUGCACCCAACUACUGCGGGGAGUUCGACAAUGCUGGUGCGAUGAUUUCAAUCGACGAGAACCUUAUGUGUUCGUUCCAAAUACUGAAGCCUUCCGAGAAGCAACAUCGUUACUCACACUACCAUCAACAGAGGAGAGGCUACGAAAAUGGUCGAGGCGAGAAUCAGCCCCAGUUGCUAUGAGAAUUUGUGGGAAUCUUUUCUAUUGUUGUUCACAGGAGGAGACUUCCAAUUUGUGGCACUUCAUCACUGGAGAUUUAUUUGAGCGGUUGGUAGUUCACAACCAUUUUCGCGUGCAAGAUUCGAUACGAAAGAAAGAACGUAGCACAAAAGG